AGCUAUCAUUUCUUGAAAGUUUUGUGAAUCUACAAGUCGUGUGCAUUGGUUUUGCUCCAGUUUUCUGAAUAGAUCGCUUUGUGGGUCUGGGAUUAAGACAUUUUAGUUUGAGUAGAAACAUUUUAGAAAAAAAAAAUAAUGGAAGCGGUGUCAGUUAAGUCAGUUAGCCAAAAACUGCCAUUAGACUACAGUUAUUUCAUCAAUGGAUUAUCUUCUAGAAGAAGAGCUGGUAUGGCGAGAGUGCUGACUAAAAAACUCUAUGACGCACCCAAAGAAACCAUCUCACUGGCUGAGGGUAUGCCCAACGAUGCAUCAUUCCCAUUUGAAGCCAUCAACGUAGUUUUGAAAGACGGUUCCAGCUUUACCCUACAAGGUGGCGAGCUUGCUGCUUCCCUUCAGUACCUGCCUAGUAAUGGAUAUCCUCCUCUCCUAAAAAUCCUGAAAGAAUUCACAUAUUUUGUACACGAACCACCGAACUGGCAGAAUACAGAUAUUAUUAUCACGAAUGGUUCUCAAUGUGGCAUUAGUAAAUCAAUAGAGAUGUGUAUGGAUGAAGAUAUACCAAUUCUUGUGCAAAAUCCGUUGUACACUGGUGCGGAGAUAGUGAUGAGACCUUAUCGUUCGAAGCUGCUACCCAUAGAACAAGAUGAAUUUGGAGUCAUACCAGACCUGCUCUUAUCAACACUGGAAGACUGGAGGUAUCAGUGCGAAACGGACCCAACUAAAAAGAUGCCGAAGAUGUUAUACAUAAACCCCACAGCUGCUAAUCCUACUGGUGUUACAAUUCCUCUAGAUAGAAAGAAGGAAAUCUACAGGAUAUGCUGCGAAUACAAUAUUUUGAUCCUCGAAGAUGACGCUUAUUUUUUCUUGGACUACCAAGAUGCCAAACCUGUAUCUUUUUUGUCUUUAGAUGUUGAAGGAAGGGUGCUUAGGUUUGACUCUCUUUCCAAGGUACUUGCUGCAGGGUUGAGGGUUGGUUGGGUCACUGGUCCGAAACAAUUGAUUAAUAAUAUUGAAUUGCACAUACAGAGUGCUUACCUACACAACAGUGCAUUAUCACAGUCGUUAGCCCACAACAUCUUCAGACAGUGGGGCUUCGAAAAGAUGCUACAGCACUUCUCAUCGAUCUCAAACUUCUACAGGGUGCGCCGUGAUAUCAUAAUGGCUGCAAUGGAGAAGCACCUUAAGGGUCUUUGCGAUUGGUCCAUACCAUCAGGUGGUAUGUUCGUAUGGAUCAAAGUGAGGAACAUACCUGAUGUUUAUGAGAUGCUGAUGACCAGAGGACUGAAGAAACAUAUUGGCUUCGCUCCAGGUCAUGCCUUCAUGGUAGACCCAACUGGGGCCUGCAACUGCAUACGAGCUGCCUACAGUAGGGCAUCACCAAAACAAAUCGAUAAGGCCAUGAGGUUGCUAGCUGAGUUGAUAAGGGAGGAGCAGGCCUUGUUGCGAAGGAAACUAGAUAAUUUUAUAUAGUCCUUUCACCUAGGCCCAUUUUCAUUGGACCUAAUCCUUGAGAAGGACGAACAAUUGGACGUCAAUCUGCUGCUAGAGCUAGAUGUAGAUGUCCAUGAGGGCAUUUCAUGUCACAUGUACAGGUGGAAGUUAUUCUUUCUAUUUGAAGUUCAGCUUUAGAAGCGUAGGAGGGAGAUUGUUUAAUGCUAAAAUAUUUGCUGAAUUUCUUGCAAAUAUUGAACUAGAUAAUGUAUGUCAGAUAGGAAUUUUUUCUUGAUGAGUAGUGUAUUCGAUCAUUUUUAUAUUAAAGGGAUUUGAGAUGAGUAUGCACUAAAUAUUGAUUGUGAUCAGAACUGAUCUUGAUUUUUAAUGUAAAUAUUUUAACUAAUUGGUUAGGAUUAGAUCAUAUAAUAAGACUACACAUGUUUGAUAUUGUUUUUAGAGGAUUCUGAAGAAAAUUGAUGAAUAAAGAGUUUUCAAUUUA